AUGCGGUUGAUGAAACUAAACAAAAUAUUGCUUCUGAUAGUUUGUUCAUCUUCUGUUUUUAUUACUAUUUACUGGAGUGCAACAAAUGGAAUCAAGAGUAGCAGAAAUACAAGAAGCAGUUCUGAUAGAAUCAAUCCAGUGGCUGAUGUGAAAAAAGGGAAUAAAUGGAUUGUUGUCACAAGUGUGAAUUAUCCAACAGAAGAUGUGAAGAGACUCUCAUCAUUUGAAGAAUGGAAUCUGGUGAUUGUUGCAGAUACGAAAACUCCUGUUGACUGGAAACUAGAAACUGUUCAUUUUCUAUCUGUUGAUUAUCAGAAACGAUUACCAUUUUCCAUUGUUUCUUCGCUUCCUUACAAGUCGUAUACGAGGAAAAAUAUAGGAUAUUUGUAUGCGAUUUCACAAGGAGCUGAGUGGAUUUACGACACUGAUGAUGACAAUAAACCAUAUGAUAAAUUAGGAUUGAAUCAGUUCGAUUAUGAAGAUACAGUAUCUGGAGUACGGUAUCAAGUGAAAAAUUCCAGUGAAAUUAUACAACGUUUGUUCAAUCCGUAUCGAUUCUUUGGGGUAGAUCAAAUGUGGCCGAGAGGAUUUCCAUUGGAAUAUAUCGAGAAACAUACAAACGGAAAAGAGAAUCAAGUACUGUGUUAUAAGAUGAAAAGAUCAUCUGUGCAGCAGGGAUUAGUUCAUCAUGAUCCAGAUGUUGAUGCCGUUUAUAGACUCUUGAAUGCAGAUUCCAAUAGCGGAUUGGAUGUGAAGUUCAAUAAGUUCGCCCCGCCCAUUGCAUUAUCAGUUGGAACAUAUUCUCCAUGGAAUUCUCAAAACACCUUGUUUCACAAAUCAGCGUUCCAUACGUUAUUCCUUCCAACAACUGUCUCUUUCAGAACAACGGAUAUUUGGAGAUCUUUUAUCUCACAAAAAAUACUUCAUCUCUCUGGAUUAACUGUUUCAUUCGUACCCACAAAUGCGAUUCAAUUUAGGAAUGCACAUGACUAUUUGAAAGAUUUCAAAGAUGAACAACAGGUUUAUGAAGAUUCUGGAAAGAUUAUUGAGUUUUUGAAUGAUUGGAAUUGUUCGAAAGAUAUUCAUUUGGAAGAUUGUAUCAAUAAGUUAUCUGAAGAUCUGGUUGAGAAUAAUCUGUGGGGAGAAGAUGAUUCGGAAUUGAUGAAAUUGUUUUUGAAUGAUUUGAAAUUAAUGGGAUUCAAGUAUCCUGACUUGAUAGGAGAGGAAUAUGAAGAUCCAUACAUUUCAUCUGAUAAUGAAACGGAUCGAAAUGUGAAUUGUAGGCGAAUGAAUUUGGAAUUCGAACUGAUUGAUCCGAAGAAAUAUGGUCAGGAAAACAUUCGGAAAGCAGAACAAAAAUUGAAUUAUUUCGGAGAUUUAGUUGAUUGGUGUAAUGAAACUGGAUAUUCUAAUCUAUCGAAAUCGUUUCCAUCAGCCAAACAGCUUUCCGAAAAACAUGAAGAAUCUUACGUGUUGCAACAAGAUAAAAACAGUGUUUGUUCUCUGAAUUGUUGUCUGUUUGAAUCAGGAUUUUCAAUAAUUAAGGUGUUAAUUGCUGUGAAUAAUUACCCAUGGAAAUAUGGAGUCGGACUGAUUCAACGACUCUAUCAACCAUACUUUGCAGCUGUGAUAUUCUGUGGUUCCUGGUAUUCUGAUGAAGUAAUUGAUGUGGAUAAUUACACUUCAACCCUCAAUCCAAUCAAUUAUAUUCAUAUGAAUCCAGCUGAAAUUCACAAAGGAUAUUUCGCAUAUCAUUGUGUUACUCUGGUCAAAGAAAUGCGGUUGAAUAAUGUGAAAGGAUACUUUUUGGUGGCGGAUGACACUAUUUUCAAUAUUUGGCAGAGGAUUGACUACUCAAGAGUUCAUCAUUUAAUGGGUCCCGUAGCAGACCAAGAUGGUAAUAACUGGUGGAAUGGUAAACACGGUACUCCCGCAGCGAAAAAUAUAGUGCUCACAAUAAAAAACAAUACGGAUCCAAAGAUUGAAAAGGCAUGGAAACAAUUUGAUGAGGGACUGAAAACAUACGGUUACAUGAAAGAGAAUCAGACAGUUUUCGAUGAAAUUGCAUCUGGAAAAGGGAAGAGUAUUUCUGAUUUCUACUACAUUCCAACGUCUCAAAGUGAAUAUUAUGCAGUUCUGAUGAGAGUUUUCUAUGAGAAUCUGUUCUUUUUGGAGUUGGCUGUGAACAAAUUCGUCAAAUCAGUCGAUCAUCAAGUAGCAAGAAAAGGCAGAAGAGCUUAUCUUUGGGGAAAUCGUAAUAAUUGGGAUACCUAUUAUAGUAAACAAAUGGUCGCAAUGCAUCCAAUAAAGACAAGCCAAUUUAGAAAUGCCACUGAGAAAAGAAAAAAAUACUGUGGAUCUGUUCUUCAAACUUGGUCGGAUAUUAUGUUUGGUGGAUCUCAAAAUUUCACGGUGAAAGCAGAUGAUGACCCAGAUAGAACAGUCGAAUGA